UAACAAUUACAGCAAUCAAAGCAGCUACAACAACUGCAACAUUAGUGCCCACAAGCUUCUGGUCAGCAGCAACAUGAAUACAACAGCAAUGUUGAUGCAUCAUCAGCAGCAACAGCAAGCAGCGGCAGCUGCUGCCGCCGCCGCCCAACAGCAACAUCAGCAACAAAAUGGCGGACGCGACGGCAGCAAUAGUUCACGUGGAGCCGGAGAUGAUCGUCCAAAUGGUCGCAACUCACACACGGGCAAUGGACGAGGAUCGAGCUGUUCACCAGCGAGCAGUCCCACCAGACACGGCAGUGCUGUGAGUCCUGUUAGCUCCUUGAAUCAAUCCAUGAUGGCACAAAUGGCACAACAGCAGCAACAACAACAGCAGCAGCAGCAGCAACAACAUCAUCAGCUCAGUCCGCCGCCGCAUGUAACGGGAGCAUUGCCAACGGGACUGGCGCCACGUAUGCCACAUGGAUUGCCGCCGCAUUCAUUGGGAUUGCUCAACUCACUGCAGAUGAUGCAUCAUGCAUCGCCAUUGGAAUUGAUGGCAGCCGCACAUCAUCAUGUGCCACCACGAUCAUAUAAUUCACCACCGCCCAUUUCCACCUCGGAUCCCAGUGCCAAUGAGUGCAAAUUGGUUGAAUAUCGCGGCCAAAAGGUGGCCGCCUUUAUCAUUAGCAAUGAGACAAUGUUGUGUUUGCCACAAGCAUUUGAGCUAUUUCUAAAACAUUUGGUUGGUGGACUGCACACGGUAUAUACGAAAUUGAAGCGUUUGGAUAUUGUGCCACUUGUGUGCAAUGUGGAACAGGUGCGCAUAUUGCGUGGACUGGGCGCCAUUCAGCCAGGUGUCAAUCGUUGCAAGCUGCUCAGUUGCAAGGACUUUGAUGUGCUGUACAGGGACUGCACCACAGCCAGAUGCCUAUCGAUCAAGCCGCCAGAAAGUUCCAGACCGGGUAGACCGCCCAAACGUGGCCCCGUUGGCCUCUCACUGCCGCCCACGCAUCUAACACAGCAUCCGCAGUUGAAGAAGCAUCGCCUGGACAAUGGUGACUAUGCCUAUGAGAAUGGCCAUAUAAGUGAUAUGAAUCGGUUGGAGAAAUCGCCGCUGCUGGCCAACGGUUAUAAUCCGCCACCGAUCAACCAUAUGGCAUUUAUGCAGAUGAAUGCCCAUCAUCCGGGUGCGGCUGCGCUGAUGUCACCCGGAAUGCCACCACACGGUCUCCAUGCACGUCCAGAGAGUCAAAUGCUGAAGGCAGCUGCUCAGAAUGCUGGCAUGUCCGCCGCCAAUAUGGAUGCACUGGCGCGAUCGGGCAUCUGGGAGAAUUGCCGUGCCGCCUACGAGGAUAUUGUAAAACACUUGGAGCGUCUACGGGAGGAGCGCACCGAUGAUAGACAUCAGGCCAUAUGCGCUGGAGGAGGCGGCGAUCGAGGUGGCAGCGUUGUCAGCGAACGUGAAUCCAAGCCGAGGGAUCUCAGCUCUCAUAAUUGCUCACCCACGCGCCAGAGUCCAGUGCUGAAUCUGAGCAAGUCCGGCGGUAAUACGGAUCAUGGGGGCAGCAACUGCGAUGCCGGCAGCGAGCGCAGUGAUUGCCUCUCGCCAGCGGCGUCGCCUCGUGGACCACGUAGCCUGGAUGAGGGCAGCCGCAGUGUGGGCGGUGGUCAGAUCAUUGGCGUUGAGGACGAUGAGGAGGAGGAGAACUUGAGCGAUGAGAACCAAUCCGAAGUCGAUGAACGCUGUCUGGCCAAAGACGAUGACGAUUUGAGUGACACGGAACGUGAUAAUUUGUCGACGGGUUCGGCGGCCGCUGCCGCUGCUGCUGCCGCAGCGGCUGCACAUUUGCAUCAACAUGCCGCUGUUGCCUCGCAUCAUCAUCAUCAUCAUCAGGCGCAGGCGCAUCACUUGGGCGUGGGGGCGCAACACGGUGGCUCUCCCACAGCCGAGGCAGCUGCAGCCGCUGCACUGCAUCAUCAGCGUGCUUUAAACUACUCCCAACUAGCGGCCGCUGCCGCUGUGGCCAAUGGCGCCGUCGCUGGCACCGUUGCCGCCAAUGGAUCACCCUCUGCUGGCGGCGGCGGCGCCCUGACGCCCAACGAGGCCUUGCUGGCGGCCAAUGAUGCAACUGCUGCUGCUGCUCUGGCCGGCGGCUUGGCACUUGGUCCACUUGGCAUCGAUGCUCAUGCUGCAGUGCCCGCCAGCUCCACGGAAACUCUGCUCAGGAACAUUCAAAGUUUGCUGAAAGUCGCUGCCGAUAAUGCCAGGCAGCAGGAGCGUCAGAUUAGCUAUGAGAAAGCUGAACUGAAAAUGGAUGUGCUGCGCGAACGUGAAGUAAAGGAUUCACUGGAACGGCAGCUGGUCGAUGAGCGCAAAUUGCGUGUUCUCUAUCAAAAACGCUUUAGACGCGAGCGCAAGAUACGGGUGCGCUAUCAACAACAGUUGAGUGGAGCUGGAGCAGGAGCAGGAGCGGGAUCAGGAGCUGGAGGAUUAGGAGGCAGCAAAGGCAAUCCAAAUGCAAUUGACAACAGUGUCACCUGCAGCGAUGCUGAACUUUGUACAGGCAGCGCAGUGGAUGCCAAAUGCAGCAGCGGAAGCAGCGAUGUCGUCGAGACGCUUAAAGAUACCGACGGCAUCAGUCACGGCGGUAGUAGCGAUAAAUCCGAGAAGUCCCUCAGCGCGUCCUGUGAUGUGACCGGCCAUACCUCCGGAUCUGCCACACGCUCCGAUUCUCCCACCCACUUCAAGCGCGAGCCACAUUCCGAUCACGAAGGCUCCAUGGAGCACCAACAGCGUCCCAUCACAGCUCAAGAUAAUCAACCGCGCUGCUCCAGUCGCGAUCGCGAAGAUCAACCUCCCACUGCUGGUUCCGUUGCCGCUGCCGCAGCCGCCGCUGCAGCCGAUGGCAGUCUCGCCGCUGCCGCCGCCGCUGCAGCUGCUGCGGCUGCCAGCAAUGGGAAGGCGCCUUGGAGCUAUCCUGGUAUAGAUCUGAUGGCCACAGGAGCAUUCUGGCAAAAUUAUUCGGAAUCUCUGGCACAGGAACUGGAAAUGGAGCGCAAGACGCGUGCUGCCAACGCAGAGCGUGAUGUGAAGAGUCCGUUGUCGGAGAGGCCUACGGCAUAUUAUAAGAAUUCGGUGCUCUUCGGCAGUGCUAAUUAAGCUCCAUUAUGUUUGAGCUGUUAGCAGAGACGACCAGGAUAUUUGAUCUCAAAGUGCAAUCCAAGUGACGGCGGCGUUUGGAAAGUGGCAAGAGGAAGACAGGGCAAGAAGAAGAGAGCGCGGCCGGACCAAAAUGCAGAAUCCCCGCAUUAUUAGAGAAAACUUUUGUAAAUAUAUUUAUUAUUAAUAUGAAUGUAAGGGAAGAUGUGUAUGCAUUCAAAAUGGAUUCGUCCGAUGAUCGUUGCAAACGCUGAUACGGCCAUUUUGAAGAUACAUAUUGUCAGUUACAUAGCAAAAAUUGAGACACUUCCGAUACCAACAUUGAGUGCAUAAGUACUUGUACUCGUACUCGUAGUUGUACGAUACGUACACUCGCAAAUAGUUUCCAGUAUUUUAGAUUUUGUACAUAGGCAUACAAAGACUUUUUAAAAUCGUAGUACUGGGCUAGAAAAAUAGUUGGCAUACCUAGCAUUUAACAUCAAGCGUCACAACCUAGCAUCGUUUUAAUAGUUAGCUUAGUUUUUAAUUUUGAAAAUAUAUACACUUACAUACAUUAUCGUAAGAACUUGGAUCAUGUGUGUAUAUGUAUGUAUUUAGUUCAGCUACAUUUUAUAUGCCGGUUUUUAGAGCUUUUAAUGGGGAAGUUAGUAAUUAUUGAAAGUAAGCUGAGGAAUAAUGUUAAAAGCUAAGAUUUUAAUUUAUUCAGUAGCCUAGCAGCGGAUUAAGCUAUAAUAUUAAUAAAAACUUAAUGUAUUUCACUUGCUUAGACAUUAAUCCAUAAACAUAAUGAUAUAUUAUACUAUAUAUAAUAUGCUAUAAAUUAAUAAACUGAAAUUUAAACGGCCGACAUUAAAAUACAUAUGUUAUACAAAUGACAUUAAAUACCUAUAUAAACGCUUCAUAUGCUAUUAUAUAUAUACCAUAUAAAUAUAUAUAUUAAAAUUACAUUACAUUUAGUCAUAACAAUAGUCACUGAACAUAAUAUUGAAAACGUAACAUAUAUACAAACUUACUGUGCUACAUUCAUCGCUCGCUACAAAAACAGACAAGUUGUUACAAUAAAUACCAUACAAAAAUAUAGAAAACUGUCAAAAAAAACAUGCAAGUAGAGAACAGCAACUAUAACGAAAAGCGAAAAGUUUAAAAAUAAUAUAUAAUAAAUUAUUGCAUAAAUAAUAA